GGGGAAUCCUGCUCCUUUAAUUCCCUCCCCUUUUCCUUCUCUCUGAGUUCUAGCCGACGCCGCCGCGCGCGGGGCCUGGAACACACGGCACAAGCCGCCCCCGCCCCUCCCCCCUUACGCCCACGCGGAGCCAGCCCCGCGCGCGCGCGCGCGCCCCGUGCACCCCCGCGCCUGCGCGCUGCCCAGGCCCUGCCCGUGUGUGGGGGCGCAGUCGACCCCGGGGGGGUGGGGGAAAUUGGGGGGGAAAAAAACCGCGCGGAACCGGGCCAGGGUUGCCCACCCCCGCCACAAUGGCCUCUGGGGUGGAAGUCCUGCGCUUCCAGCUGCCUGGCCACGAGGCCGCUACGCUGCGGAACAUGAACCAGCUCCGCGCAGAGGAGCGGUUCUGCGACGUGACCAUUGUGGCCGACAGCCUCAAGUUCCGCGGCCACAAGGUCAUCCUGGCCGCCUGCUCGCCGUUCCUGCGGGACCAGUUCCUGCUGAACCCCAGCUCUGAGCUGCAGGUCUCGCUGAUGCACAGUGCGCGCAUAGUGGCUGACCUGCUUCUCUCUUGCUACACGGGAGCCCUGGAAUUCGCUGUCAGAGACAUCGUUAACUACCUGACGGCAGCCUCCUACCUGCAGAUGGAGCACGUGGUGGAGAAAUGCCGGAACGCCCUCAGCCAGUUCAUCGAGCCCAAAAUAGGCCUCAAAGAGGAUGGGGUCAGCGAUGCCAGCCUUGUGAGCAGUGUCAGUGCCACCAAAUCCCUCCUCCCUCCUGCCAGGACCCCAAAGCCAGCCCCCAAACCCCCACCUCCACCCCCUCUUCCCCCUCCACUCCUGAGGCCUGUAAAGCUAGAGUUCCCGCUGGAUGAGGACCUGGAGCUGAAGGCCGAGGAAGAGGAUGAGGACGAGGACGAGGACGUGUCUGAUAUCUGCAUUGUCAAGGUGGAGUCAGCCCUGGAGGUGGCACACCGGCUCAAACCUCCCGGAGGCCUGGGAGGAGGUCUGGGCAUCGGAGGCUCUGUGGGCAGCCACCUUGGGGAGCUGGCCCAGAGCAGCGUGCCCCCCAGCACCGUGGCCCCACCACAGGGCGUGGUGAAAGCCUGCUACAGCCUGUCCGAGGACGCGGAAGGGGAGGGCCUGCUGUUGAUCCCCGGAGGCCGGGCCAGUGUGGGGGCCACCUCAGGUCUGGUGGAAGCAGCAGCGGUGGCCAUGGCUGCCCGGGGGGCGGGGGGCAGCCUGGGGGCGGGGGGCAGCCGGGGACCCCUGCCCGGAGGCUUUUCCAGUGGAAAUCCCCUAAAGAACAUCAAGUGCACCAAGUGCCCGGAAGUGUUCCAGGGCGUGGAGAAGCUGGUCUUCCAUAUGCGAGCACAGCACUUCAUCUUCAUGUGCCCGCGCUGCGGCAAGCAGUUCAACCACAGCAGCAACCUCAACCGCCACAUGAACGUGCACCGUGGCGUCAAGUCGCACUCGUGUGGCAUCUGCGGCAAGUGCUUCACGCAGAAGUCCACGCUGCACGACCACCUCAACCUCCACUCUGGAGCGAGGCCCUAUCGCUGCUCCUACUGCGACGUGCGCUUCGCUCACAAGCCUGCCAUUAGGCGGCACCUCAAGGAGCAGCACGGCAAGACCACGGCCGAGAACGUGCUGGAGGCCAGUGUGGCUGAAAUCAACGUCCUCAUUCGCUAGCAUUAGCGGGGCAGGCACUGGAUCCCUGGGCUAGGUGGAAAAGGGGAUCCCUGGCCCAGGAGAAUAGGGGGUGGGGGGUCGGGGGCAGACAGGUACGGUGAGGAGCCUGAGCAGACACACACAUCCUGAGGGAGAGGCCGAAGAUUCCUUAGAAGACUCUGCCUCUUCAGAAGAAAAGGAUGGAGAGGAAGAGGGUUCUUUGAGAAGGCCAAGGGAAUAGGGGGUCCCAAAGAAAGAUUUUCUUCUCUUAGAGGUGCAUGGAUACGUGGAGGGAGGGAAAGGGGCCUAUGGGAUGAGGAGGGGAAAAGGCUGGAAAAUGUUUUAUUUCUGGCUGACUAAGUCUGUCCAGGAAGAGGUUCUGACAUUUCUUGAGGUAGGGGGUGGGUGGGUGGGAAGUGGGAGGGGAUUUGGCAGGAGGCAGUUUAAGUGCUCCUGCUUAGAAUAGAUCCUUGGGAGAGGGAACGGUAGGGGGAAGGAUUAUUGAAUUCCAGAAAAGGAAGGGGGAGACAGUUCUUGCAUGCUGGGGGAAUGGGACUGUGGGUACAAGGCUCAUCAAAAUUGUAGGGAGAACAAAGUAAGGUGGCAGGUAAGAGAACAUGGGGGUGAGCAUCCUGGGUAGAUAUUGGGAAGCGGGGUACAAUAGCAAGAACUACGAAUAGUGGUGGGGGUGGGGGGGUAGGGCACUUAGAUGAGAGGACACAAGAAGGGCUGUUGAGGGGGAGGGAAAGGAGUAGAGACUUAUACAGUAUUUUUUAAGAAAACAAAACGUAUUUUUUAGGAUUUUUUCUGGAGUUUGGGGUUUUAGUUUUUCUGCUUUUGUUUUCCACAAAAUAAAAAAAAAAACAAAACUUUUUUUUCUUUAUACUUUGUCUGGCAACUGUGUGUAAAUGACUGUCCCACUUCACCCU